GGGUGUGGACUGGCAGCCACUCUGCAGCUGGUCGCCCGGGACCUGGUCCCUCCCGCGAGCCGAAGUGAUGGAGGGGAAGAUAUCCUCUUAGACACACUCGCGCGCGCGCGCAUCCAGCUGGGCACGUCUCCGGGAGGCAGCAGCCGGCUGGAGCGCCGGGGACCGGGCGGCGGCUGUGACAGCGCGAGCGGCAGGGAGUCCGCGGUCCGCACAGCUUGGCACCGGCCGCAGGAGGACGCAGGGAGGGAAGAUCACAGCCGCACUGACUGUUGCUCUUUUGAAUGCAUCCCGAGGGACCGAGCUUCCUGACAUUGUCACCGCGGACGCCAGAGGCUCUGCCCCUCGCGUGCGGGAUCCCGGUCUGCGCCGGUGCCUGUGCGGGGAGAGGAGGAUGCGAACCUCCUCCCGCAGAGCUCCUGCGGUCCCCUUAGCUACGCGGACUCGGGCUCCGGCGGCUGCCCCUGACGUGUCUGCAACGCGGGAGCGCGCCCUGCCGCACCUGGCUCCAGCCUCCCGGGCAAGUGCGCGAAACGCGCCCUAAACUCCACUACUUCUCGCCCCCUCCGCUCGUCGUUCCCAGCCCCGGACCUCGCUGCCCCCGCUGUCGCCGCCCCAGAGUGGGAGCCCGCCCUCCCCGCACUCACGCGCGGCUACUGCGCUGCUCGCCGGCUCUCCUUGCCCGCUCACUCACGGCCCAGACACAGAGCCAGAGCAUCCCAAACUACGGGACAACUGCCACUGCGACCGCAGGAACGUCCCGGUGACCCGGCCCUACUACUACUGGUCGGGGUCACCGCUCCCAAGCUGCGGUCCGCUCCAAGGCUGUCGCCACUGGGGAUGACGAGAUAACCAAGCCCCACUGGCUUGAGACUGGCAUUUCUGCUGCCCACCUCAGGAGUCUCGAAGGCCAGCUGACACCCUUGGAAAGGAGACAACUCACUUGCCAUAUUCUUGGAAGUCUCUCCUCCAUACAUAUAGAACUUUCUGGAUGAACAUGAAGAUGUGAAGGUGUUCAAAAGGAGAAAAACUCACAAGACAACCAGGAGGUGAGGUGAGGCCAUGGGACACCCACUAGCCAGAUAAUCCUCACUGGAGUAACUGAGAAGUGUCUGAAUGUAGGCCGUGGCAGUCCUGAAGGUUGAUGGAGGGCCAUGCUAUUCAAACAGCAGGUGUGGCUGAGACAGAAGCUCCUGGUGCUGGGAAGCCUUGCCGUUGGGAGCCUGCUGUAUCUAGUUGCCAGAGUUGGGAGCUUGGAUAGGCUCCAGCCCAUUUGCCCUGUUGAAAGCCGAUUUGGUGGCGCCCACAGUCAGGCUGAGUUCCCACUCAGAGCUCUGCAGUUUAAGAGAGGUCUGCUGCAUGAGUUCCGGAAAGGCAACACUUCCAAGGAGCAGGUUCACCUCCAUGACCUGGUACAGCAGCUCCCCAAAGCCAUUAUCAUUGGGGUGCGGAAAGGGGGCACUAGGGCCCUACUAGAGAUGCUGAACCUCCAUCCUGCAGUGGUCAAAGCUUCUCAAGAGAUCCACUUCUUCGACAAUGAUGAGAACUAUGCUAAGGGCAUUGAGUGGUACAGGAAAAAGAUGCCUUUUUCCUACCCUCAGCAAAUCACAAUUGAAAAGAGCCCGGCCUAUUUCAUCACAGAAGAGGUUCCAGAAAGGAUUUACAAAAUGAACUCAUCCAUCAAGCUGUUGAUCAUUGUCAGGGAGCCGACCACACGAGCGAUUUCUGAUUACACUCAGGUGCUAGAGGGGAAGGAAAGGAAGAACAAAACAUACUAUAAGUUCGAGAAGCUAGCCAUAGACCCUAACACCUGCGAGGUGAACACGAAAUACAAAGCGGUUAGGACCAGCAUCUACACAAAACAUCUAGAGCGCUGGCUCAAGUACUUUCCGAUUGAACAGUUCCACGUCGUGGACGGAGACCGCCUCAUCACCGAGCCUCUGCCUGAACUACAGCUCGUGGAGAAGUUUUUAAACCUUCCUCCGAGGAUAAGUCAGUACAAUUUAUAUUUCAAUGCUACCAGAGGGUUUUACUGUUUGCGAUUUAACAUUAUCUUUAAUAAGUGCCUGGCGGGCAGCAAGGGGCGCAUCCAUCCAGAGGUAGACCCCUCCGUCAUUACCAAAUUGCGCAAAUUCUUUCAUCCUUUUAAUCAAAAAUUUUACCAGAUCACUGGGAGGACAUUGAACUGGCCCUAAAAUAAUAUAUUGUACAACACCAUGUGUUGUACCCGGAGACACAUGGCAUCUCCUCUCAAUUAAAAUAUGCACUUUCCCAGACACAGCUCCCCAGUUCAUUUCUCCAUGAAUACUUGUACAUAUGCAGUGUGUGACCAAAUAUAAGAUCAAUUUUUUUCUACUGAAACUUUACAAAAAAAUGAAUACUAAGUUGCUGCCUGCAUAGUUGCAUCUUUUAAGCUAUUGACAACUGAGAAGAGGUGGUGGGACUGGGGGAAAGUGACCAGAUAUUCUUAAGAGUUAGUCUUCCUUUGACUCAGAACAUGUCACCUGCCAUUUUCAUAGGUUUAAGCCAAAAGAUGAAUAUGUGAAAAUGUACCAAUGGCUACGAAGCUUCAGGAAGUAGAGGGUUCAGUUUUAUGGUUUUUCAUUUCUGUUUUGUUUUUGUUUUUGUUUUAUCCUAAGGAGAAGCUGGCUUUUUCAUCCAGAUAUUGGAUUGGUGCCAUGAAAACAGAAUAUGCUAUUUUCUUAUUAUUUAAAAGAAUGUCUUAUCUCAUAAAAUCAACGUUGUUCCAAAGUUCCUGUGGUGAUUUUGCACUCUUGUUUCCUUGUUUGGACCAUGGUGUCAUCUGUAGCAUGUCAAUCACGUGCCAGCGAGUCCAGUCCUUUCACUUCCACAUGUAUGUCAGCAAAGAGAAAUGUCCUGUACAUACUGUAAAUGAUGUAAAUAUCAGUUUCACACUAAGUAAUUCUAUUUUGUAAACUGAAUAUGGCUAUUUAAUUUAUUGUGAAAAUUAAAUUUAUUGUGGUAUUUAAAAUGGAAUGGAUUAAAAUUACACUAUGUGCAA